AUGGAGGAGCCGCCGCCGCCCGAGCAGCCGCCGCCCCCGCCGCCCCCGCCGGCGGACGGGCCCGAGCCCGAGCCCGAGCUCGAGGCCGGUCCUGGCGCGGGGCCCGAGUGGAACAUCCCGCCCAACGCGCCCGCCUGCAUGGAGCGGCACCUGGAGGGCGCGCACUACCGCGCAGACGGGGCCCUGCUGCUGGGCGCCUCCGCGCUCACAGGGCGCUGCUGGGCCGGCUCCAUCUGGGUCUUCGCCGACCCCCGCCGCGCCCCCAGCGAGGGCUUCUGCACCGCCGGCGUCCAGACCGAGGCGGGCGUCGCCGACCUGCGCUGGGUGGCCGACAAGGGCAUCCUGGUGGCCUCCGACUCCGGUGCUGUGGAGCUCUGGGAGCUGGAUGAAAAUGAAACCCUCAUUGUGAAUAAAUUCUGUAAAUACGAGCAUGAUGAUAUUGUGAUGACAGUGAGUGUUCUUGCUAACAGCACCCAGGCUGUCAGCGGCAGCAGAGACUUCUGUGUGAAAGUUUGGGACCUUCCACAACAAACUGUGCUGCAUUCUUACAGAGCUCACUCUGGUGCAGUGACAUGUGUGGCUUCCUGUCCUGGUAAGGACACUAUGUUCCUGUCCUGUGCUGAGGACAGCAGAACAUUACUCUGGGACACCAGAUGCCCCAAACCAGCUACUCGAAUUGUUUGCAGUGCCUGCAGUUACCUCCCUACCUCAGUCAUGUGGCAUCCACAAAAAAGUGACAUCUUUGCUUUGGGUGAUGAAAAUGGGACAGUUGCACUAGUAGACACAAAGAAGCCCGAUUCUGCCCUCAGCUCUGCUGUGCAUUCCCGAAGUAUCACGGGGUUUGCAUUUUCUACACAUAGUUCACCCUUCCUGGCUUCAAUCAGUGAAGACUGCUCAGUAGCUGUUCUUGACUCAAACCUUUCAGAGGUGUUCAGAAACCGUUCUCAUCGAGACUUUGUAAAAGGCUUAUCAUGGUCUCCUUCAGACAAUGCCUUGCUCACUACAGUUGGAUGGGAUCAUCAGGUUUUACAUCACAGUGUACUGCUACCAACUGGUGAAGCUUCUGGAAUCAACUGUGUAAAAGAAUAGUUUUAUAAACUCAUUGGUUUGAAUUCCUUCCUCGUGUUACUCUGAUUCUGCUGAAGUCAAAGGUGUUUGUGAACCAGACUGGGUAUGGUCUGUUUUCUGCCUUCAAGCUUGUGGCCAAGAAGGUUCUUGUAGUAAUAUUGAAUCAGGCACAAGUUCAUUACAGAACAGACUUUACCCUCUCUAGCAGUCCAGCUUCACCUGUGAUAAGACUUCAGUAUGUUGCACAGAAAAAUACUGACUUCAGGCACAGAGGAGUCUUGGAGAGACAGGCAAUUAGGUAUAAUAAAAAUUGUUUCUUCUCUCAGUUCUUCAAGAAGUAAUAGAAACAAAAUACUCGGAAGUUGGAAAAAAACCCUUCUUGCCAUAGUUAACUGAAUACAAGAACCUUACUUGCACAAAGAUUUUUGCUAUUAGAUUAAUAACAGCAUUAAUUGAUCCUUUUAACUGCAGAAAAACACUUGCCUUGGCAGUGAAAGAGGAGAAAGGCUCUACUGUUAUCCUUAAUGCAGCAUGCAGGGAGAGGGUUGGUCUCAGCUGUCUGCUAGUGUUGAUCCCACAGUAAGCACUGUGUACUUCUGCUCCACUGAUGUGUAUUUAAGAAUACCAGCACUCAGUGAGAGGAAUCUUGUACCCUGUAUGAUAAGGAUCCAGAAUGCAGCAUUAUGGUUAAGUACCUUUGUGUUUCAGUGUUAGACACUGAAAUACUAGGACCUGCAAUGUUCAAUGGUGAGUUGAAGCUGAGGCCAGCUCAAGGGGGCUGUUUUUGUAGAAUGCUGAAAGCCAACAGAAGUUAGCAAUUGCUGUGCUAUUCGACACCGUUUCCACUCCUCUGUGAUGAAGACAAUUAUUGAAGUAUUAAAAGCUUUUGAAGAAGAGUUUAUGUAAGGGAAAAACUGGACUAAGGACUUCAAUUUUCAUUUGUUUGCUCUUAUAACUAGACUCUGCUUAGUGACAUAAGAUAAUUCAUUGUGCACUUGUAAUGAGUGGCAUUUUGUGCUAAAGAUGGGGGGAAACCCCAAACAUUCCCAUAAUCCCUAAAACUGACUGCACAACACCUUAGAGGUGUUUUUUGUAAUAUACUACUUUAACUUUUCUCAAACUAAUAUGUUUCCCUGGAAUAUAGUAUACAGUUGCUCUGCAUGCAUUGCCACUGCUCUAGGUCUGGUUUGGUCAGCACCAAUCUUCCCUAGACCAAUAGAAGUGGGUCCUGACUAGUGAAACAAAGAAAAUGCUAUUGAAGUGAAUGCUACCUCUGUUUGUUUAGCCUGCUAACAACACUAAAGAAAAUGUAAGCCACUUCCAGUGUGCUCAUCUCUGAAAACCUGUACUUUGAAAAAUCCAAAUUAUACAGCACCCACAAUUAAUUUUUAGGCAGAUUAAGCUUUUCCAUUCUGUUUCUCUCAUGCUCUUUUCAAAUGCAGGUUGCUCCUUUGAAUUCUAACAUCACUCAGCUGUUCACAGAACAGAGUUCCUGAUCUAGAGCAGUGUAUUACAAGGGCAAGGUAAACUGGUAUGAAAACUGACAAGUUUCUUUAAACUACUCUUCCACAGCAACAACAACAAAAAAAAUUACCUGUUACAGACCUCUGAUAGCAUAUUGAAAACGGAAACAGGUCUUGUGCUAUUUGUGAAACGGAUGAAAAUGGCAGUUUUUAAAUAAAUCAUAGUUUUCAUUUGUAA